AUGAAGCCGAUCAACCGACGGAAAACCGAGGAGGACCGCAGAACCCCGAGAGAGUAUCCUCAGCAGCCGUGCAUCUUCUGCAGGUCACUUGGACAUAGGACCCAGGCGUGUGACAACACCGCAAUGGACGUCAGACAGAAACGGGAACUUCUGAUCAGAGAGAACAGAUGCUGUAGGUGUACCAAAAUCGGUCACCGUGCGUCCGUCUGUCGUAGCACAACUUACUGCACAAAAUGCAAUAAGAAGGGGCAUCUAACACCUUUAUGCAACCCAGUCACAGCAAUAACCACGCACUGCAGUGGCACCGAUCCUCAGACUUCUGUUCAUGUGUGUAACCCUGGGCAAUCAUCAUCCCAAUACUAUAUAACGGUAGUUGCAACGGCUGUCGGACCCAAGGGAGAAACCGUACGAGUAAGAAUUCUCUUCGAUUCGGGAUCCCAAAGUUCCUUUGUCAGAACGGAGAUCGCCGACAAGCUGAAUAUAGACCUCAAGCGGAUCCCGAAGAUUCCUGUAUCUCUGACGAUGCUGAAUCAGGCAACUGUGAUGACGAAUACAUCAAUAAUAGAGUUCAGACUGCAGAACCAAGAGGGAGGACCCACGGAUUGGUUCAAAUUCUACACACUCGAUAAGAUAUGCAGGGGCCGCGUGCAGCCGGCUGUGGACGCGGUGACAAGAAGGCAACUGCAAAAGUUGAAUAUCGAGCUCUCUGAUAGUCACGACAUCGACGCGCCAAUCGACAUACUCAUUGGAACGGACCAAUUAGUCGGAAUCCAGACGCACAACGCUCAUCGACUCGAGAGGACUCUAGAGGUUGUGGAGACAGCAUUUGGCUGGGCUCUCUUCGGAUCCAGAGGAGCUGAGAAGGGGAACGGCAUGGCUGUCAAUCAUGUGAGACUCAGCUGUUUGCACUGCAGCAUCCCACACAUCGACCCGGUGAAACAAGACGACGGACUGGAAGACCGCUUCCGAAGGUUCGCAGAGGCUGACGCAAUGGCGAUUGAGAGGGAGGCACGCGACGAAGACCAGCAGUUUCUCGAGGAGUUCAUGAAGAAGGUGACAUUCGACCCGAAAAUGCACCGGUUCAUGGUCGAUCUUCCAUUCAAGAAGAAUCUGCAACCGGGCCUCAACUUAGCAUUGGCAAGAGCGAGACUGAGGUCCCUCGAAAGGAGCUUAGAGAAAUCAAAGAUGCGGGAGAAGUAUGCGGAAGAGAUCCAAAGUUUUUUAGACUCGAAGUUUAUAGAGCCGGUACCUGAAGGUCAGCAACCAAGCAGCCUGACCUCAUACCUUCCACAUAAAGAAGUUAUCAAGCAAGAAAGUUUAAAGACGAAACUCAGAAUUGUCUUCGACGCCUCCGCAAAAGAGAAGGGAUGCUUAUCAUUGAACGACACCCUACACACCGGUCCGAAUCUAACGCAAGACAUGCUCGCGGUGCUUAUGAGAUUUCGAACCAAGAAAGUGGUCCUGCUGGCGGAUGUCGAGAAGAGUUUCCCGCAGAUCGUGAUUCGGGAGGCUCAUCGAGGCACAUUGCGGUUCCUCUGGAGAGCAAAAGGAUCGCAGGAGCCACAGGUGUUCCGGCUCACGCGCAACUACUUUGGGUUCGCUAGCUCCUCCUUCAUACUCGCAAUCUGUACUCGAACCCUUCUCCGAUGGCACAAAUCUAAGAAUCCAGAAACAGUUGCGGCUAUCGAGAGGAGUUACUAUGUCGACGAUCUUGCCACAGGAGCAGACUCGGAUGACCAGGCGAUACGGCUUUAUCAGCAAGCAAAGGAAAUUUUCCGGUACGGCUCCUUCAACCUUAGAAAAUGGACAUCGAAUUCACCGAAACUGAUGAGCUUGUUUCGACAACACGGUGAUGGAGUCGAAGAGUUCAAUGUGGCCAGUACCUAUAAUAUGCUCGGGAUGCAAUAUAGCCCCAGGACAGACUCAAUUGGUCUGAAAGUGAACGCAGUUAGCGCCGAUCUCAAGAUUGUUACGAAGAGAGCGGUGCUGAGCGUGAUAGCGUCAGUAUUCGACCGCAUUGGCAUUGUGGCUCCGCUGUUAGUUCCAGCGAAGCUGCUGAUGCAGAAAAUGUGGACGUUGAGACUGGCCUGGGACGAUCCAGUACCGGAACAGAUAUGCAUCGAUUUCAAGAAAUGGGCUGGGGAGUUGAAGAACAUUGAAUCCAUCAAAGUUCCGCGGCGAUACUGGAGCCGAGACACACGAGCAGAUACAACGCUACAUAUGUUCUCGGAUGCAUCGCAGUACGCCUACGGGUUCUGUGCGUAUGUUGUCACGCGCACAGAAAACGGUGUGGAGAGUUCCUUGACAUUGGCAAAAUCUAAGGUUGCGCCGCUCAGGAAUGCAACGAUUCCACGUUUGGAGCUCAUGGCCCUCGCUCUGGCAGCCGAGGCGAUGAGCUAUAUCAGAUCAGAGAGCCAGAUCGCCUUCGAUGAAGAGUACAUUUUGACAGACAAUUCAGGCGUGUUUUACCAAGCCACGAGCGAAAAUCCAGAGAAGCUCGCGACAUUCACACGGAACCGAGUGCAGAAGAUACAACAUCACGCAGAGAAUGCAAGGAUACGUCACGUCCCAGGCGAGCUGAAUCCAGCCGAUCUCGUGAGCAGGGGAUGUGGUUUCAAGGAAUUCGUGAAAAUGAAUGGUUAA